AUGUUACAUGCUGAAGGCCAUGCCAAUACCGGGCCUCCUGGUAAUAUGUACAGCGGGCCACCUCAAAAGUUGGUUAUGCUUCAUCCAAGGCCAGUACGUUCCCUGUCCUCUAACACUACCGGUGGCGUUGUGUAUGUUACCGAAAAGUUAAGCCCUCGCUUAGCAAAAGAUCCUACAACAAAGGAGCUGUUUAUGAUUCUCCAUAACACUAGUUUUGCUUAUGAAAAGGAUCCAAUAAUUCCCCAGUCCCUCUUAGGUCACAAUUAUGUCAUUCCACCUCAAACUAAAGGAUUUCAAGUGUUCAAGCUUGAAGGUAACAACAAUGGUCCUGAGUGGGUAGAAGUUGAAGACCUCGGCGGUGAUAGGGAUAUUGUUCCUGAGCAAGGCAAGCAACAAGCUCAUCGCUGCUACAAGCCUCAGUCUCAGUUAUGGCGAUUAUAA